GGAGACGCGAGGGCCUCAGCGGCUUCGCCGGUUGGUUUGCGGCUGGCUGGGCCCACGGAGCAGGAGUGGAGAACCUUAGCGCAGCGGCGCCCGCCUGCGAGCCGGGCUGGAGCGAGGGUAUUUGCUGCAGAAUCUUAAAGGACUUAUUACAGUAUCAAUGAGCCAAUCAUACAACUUGAAGUUCUAUGACACAGCAUUUACAAUUGUCAUUUAAUAUUCACAAAACACAAAGAAAUAAUUGUAAAUAAGGCCUCUUUAGUCAUGGCUAGUUCUGAUGUGAAACCAAAAUCAAUAAGUCGUGCCAAAAAAUGGUCAGAAGAGAUAGAAAAUCUGUACAGAUUCCAACAAGCAGGAUAUCGGGAUGAAAUUGAAUAUAAACAAGUGAAACAAGUUUCUAUGGUAGACCGGUGGCCAGAGACAGGUUAUGUGAAGAAACUUCAGAGAAGGGACAAUACUUUCUAUUACUACAACAAACAGAGGGAAUGUGAUGACAAGGAAGUCCACAAAGUGAAAAUCUAUGCAUACUAACUCUUCUUUGUCAAUCUUAUUUUAAGAAUUAUUCUGUCCCUUCUAUAUCAUGUAAACAUCAUUUUACAAAACCAUUCAAAUACUGUCUUUAUUUCAGUAUUUUGUAACACUAAACCAUGAACCCAGAUAUGUACCAAUCAUCCUGCCCUGUUCUAAAUAAUCUAAGCAGCGUUAGCGUGCUAGUAUUUUUGGCCUUUCUCUUUCUGAUUGUGUCAGCAAGCGUGUUUGGAAAUGGACCCCUGUGAAGCCGUUCUGGUGGCUAGACUAGCAAUGACUUACUUCCCUGCCUCAGAUGAGCACUCUGCCCAGCCCACCUGCUUGCCUUCACUGUUCACUAGAGCAUCACUUCGAGCUUCCAUAUCUUCAUGUUGUAGCCUGAAGGGUCCUUUUCCUCUUGCUGGGUGGGCAGAGCUGAAGUGCCAAGAACGAUGCCUACCUGGGAAGAUCCCUCCACCAAUGACAGAAAGUAGGCUUGCCAAUUCUCCAGUUGCCUGGUAGCUGGGCGGAGCCAGCCUGAGGCGUGUUGCACACUGACGCCCAGACUCCAGGAGCACUGCUGCCCUGGCGCCUGCAGCCCUCUCCACGCAGAUAACUCGGUCUGUUGGCUACCUCCACUUUCUACCACCUUCCCCCACUGUCUUCCGUGGCUCUUUCCCUCCUGAAUAACUUUGCACAUGAAACCCUGUCUCCGGGUCAGCCUCUGGGUCCCCCCACAUAAGACAACUGCUGUUCUGAUGCUGCCUAGAGUCACUGCAGGAGCAGCCCCCGCGUUCAGGAGUAAGGCACCAAAGUUACUCUGAGGCCUUAAGAUGUUCUCAUCUCAAAAAUUCCCAAGUCUUAAGUAUUCUGACUAGAUGAAAGUUACCCUCAGGUUUACCUACUUUCUCAUUCCGAUGUUCUGUCAUCAUUUAUGUUUUGACUUUUAAAUAUAUUUUAUAUAGGUUCAUAUCCAUUAAUAAAACUGGUAUUACAAGA